CCGCCCGGGUCCUCGUCGUCUGGCCGCCAUGGACGAGGCUGACCGGCAGCUCCUGCGGCGAUGCCGGGUGCGGCUGGUCCGCGAGCUGCAGGUGGCCUCGCUCUGGGACGUUCUGCUGUCCCGCCAGCUCUUCACGCCCGCCAUGAUCGAGGACAUUCAGCAUGCAGGCUCGGGAUCUCGGAGCGAUCAGGUCAGGCAGCUGGUCAUAGAUCUAGAGACCCGAGGGAGUCAGGCCCUUCCUUUGUUCAUCUCCUGCUUAGAGGACACAGACCAGGACGUGCUGGCUUCAUUCCUGAGAAUGAGUCGGCAAGAAGAAAAGCAGAAUCCAGAGGCUGUCAGACCCCUGAACCUCAGGCCUGUGGUGCUUGGACCAAUGGGCCUCACACCAGAGGAUCUCAGAGAGAAGACGGGUCCAUUAAAGUCGACUCCGAGAAAACUCGCUCCAGUGGUGCUGGGGCCUGAGCAGCUCUGGCCAGCCAAGCUCAGGCCAGAGGUUCUCAGACCAGAGGUGCCCAGGCCAGUGGACAAUUGUUCUGAUGUCUGUGAGUACCAAGAGAGUGGUUGGUGGGUAGUUGGACCUAUGAGGUUAAUGACCUUGGAUGUCCAGAUCUCUCCCCAGGUGUGGGAA